AAGAAAUUCAUCCAUUAUUUGCCACGGUAAAAAUUAGGGCACAUAUUUUGACUGUUUUCCCCAUCCAUUAUUUCGCGGAAUAUUAUCGUUCGUCUUCCACUCCCUCGGUUCCACUGUCAUAGCGCGAACCCUAACGAAAUACCUUACAGCCUUCUCUUCUAGUAUCCAUGGAGUAAUUCCACGCCCUUCCGUCUCCAAAUUCCUUGUUUCUCGCCCAAUAUCGCAAUUUUCAAUCAGUUAUCGCGUCUCGAAUCACAACCGCGAAAUUUCCGAACCCUGUGUAUUGUCCGAUCAAUGGCGGCAUUGUUGCAGAACUCUCAUAUCAACCAUGAGUAGAGAAGUAGGUGCUACUAGCAAUUUUGUCAAAGAUGGAAGUAUAUCAACUUCCGACGAUCAUAUCUGUGAUUGUGAUUCUUGCCUUGUCACGGUGCGCUCCGACCCAACAACCAGUAUCUUUUGUCUCGUAGACCAGAUCUUGGUGAGGAUGCUUCAAAACUGAACACCACAUUGAUCGUGAUCGUUCAACCUAUUUUUUUAUUCGCAUCACUAGUUUCAGACAUCAACCAGCUCAUUCUGAAGUUGGAAGAAAAUUUAUAGGCUAUUUGUGUCCUGCUUGGCUAAAUCUGUGAAGACGACGAAGAACGGGUAUUGAUUUUCUAAAGUUUUGGGUGGCUAAAACCUUGAUCACGCGGUUCAUGGCUUAAGGAGUUCAAUUCCACUAAUCAGGCUUUUGACCGUUUUUUCGCGGUAAUUCUCACGGCAGCAGCAGACGAAUAUGUUUGGCACUUCCUCAGUUCCACUCCCAUGGCGGCCGGCGGGUACCCAAAUCCUCAAUAACAUUCUCUUUUCGUAUCCACGGAGCAAUUCAUUGUCGUUACGCCUCCAAAUUUCUCGUUUCUCGCCUAAUCUCGCACUAUUGCGUUGCAUAUCCGUUCUCUUGCUUUGAAUCACUACCGGAAGAUUUCCAGACUCUGCGUGUGCGAUCAGUGGCGGUGGAGGAGGAACGAAAUAGAGCCAUUGUUGCAGGACUCUCAACCAUGGGUGGAGAAUUAUAGGUGCUGCUAGCUUUUUCUUCCAUCUAAAAUGAAAUUGUAUCAACUUUCGACUGCCGACGGUCAUAUUCGUGCUUAUCCUUCUGUUUUGUCACAGUGAGCUCUGACCCCACGACCUGAUAUUGAUUAUUGUAACAGAGAUUAUUUUCGUUUUCUAAUUCUAGAAUUAAUCUGUCCGAAAUUAUGGCCCAACUAAAGAUGAUUCGAUUCAGUAACUCCCGUCUUAUAGACCAAGUCUUCGUGGCGAUGCUUCAAAACCGACCUUUCGACACCCACAUUGAUCGUUCAACCUCUACUUUCUCUACCAAUCAGUUAUGGAAUUCUGAGUCUGUUUCCGAUGUUUUAAGAUCCGUACCUCGUUUCUUUUUUCAGUCAAUCCGAUCCAUUGGCUGCCAAAAGGGUUUCCGGCAUCGUACUCCUCUUAAGCAGAGGAAACUGAAAGAGGAGGCAUACAAGUUUCGGAACAAUGUGCUUGUUCUCGGCCCUGCUGCUCACAGGGAUCCUUACAAGGUCGAGCUUGGAUUGAAUAAAGCGUUGGAGUUUUUUUAUUGGGUUGAAAUCCAUUUUGGAUUUAUACACAAUGAGAUGACCUGCAGAGAGAUGGCUUGCGUAUUGGCUCGAGGGAACAGACUGCCGGGUCUUUGGGAUUUUUUGAAGGAAAUGUCCAAGAGAGGGAAUGGUGGACUUGUUACUACUGCCACCAUCACAUGUUUGAUAAAAGUUCUGGGAGAGCAAGGAUUGGUAAACGAAGCACUAACUGCAUUCUAUAGGAUGAAGCAGUUUCACUGCAAGCCUGAUGUUUAUGCUUAUAAUACCGUUAUCAAUGCUCUAUGUAGGGUUGGUAAUUUCAAGAAGGCCAGGUUUUUGUUGGAGCAGAUGGAGUUGCCUGGAUUUAGAUGCCCGCCAGACAUUUUCACAUACACAAUUCUAAUCAGUUCUUACUGUAAAUACAGCUUGCAAACAGGGUGCAGAAAGGCCAUUCGAAGGAGGUUGUGGGAGGCUAACCACUUGUUCCGAAUCAUGUUAUUUAAGGGCUUUACUCCAGAUGUUGUGACCUACAAUUCUUUAAUUGAUGGAUGUUGCAAAACUUACCGAAUUGAGCGGGCCUUGGAAUUGUUUGAGGAUAUGAGCAGGAGGGGAUGUACUCCCAACCGAGUUACUUAUAAUUCUUUCAUCAGAUACUAUAGUGUUGUGAAUGAGAUCGACAAAGCAAUCGAGAUGUUGAGAAGGAUGCAAAAGAUGAAGCAUGGGAGUGCCACUUCAAGUUCUUAUACUCCUAUUAUCCAUGCUCUAUGUGAAGCUGGAAAGGUAAUGGAGGCCCAUGAUUUCCUCCUCGAGUCGCUUGAGGGAGGCUCUGUGCCUAGAGAAUAUACCUAUCAACUUGUGUGUAAUCUGCUGAACUCAGCAGGUGAAACAAGUUUAUUAGAUGAUGAAGUGCAUAAAAGAAUAAGACAUGGAAUAGAAAAUAGGUAUAGGGAAGUAAAGAAAGUAAAGCUAGUUAUGUCGAGGAAAGAAUGCGAAUGCUUGUAACAAAUGAAGACAAUAGCUGGACUUUUCCCAGUGAGGAAACGUUGGAUGAAAACAGGGUUUCUGGUUGACUUUCUUCUCUUCUACACCCAGCUGCCAAUUUUGCUAAUUAAAAUCUGAUUAUAACCAAUGCUCAACGAAAGCAUGUUACAAAAAAUCUUCCUCGGAUUGCACGUAUGGUAGAAAAUAAGCAGAAAAUUCACCUAAAGAGAUAUGACAUUUGAAUUGGCAAUUUGACAUGUAUUUAGGUCCUCGUACAUUUUGUGGGUGUGUAAAAGGUAUUGACAGUAAAUUAUAUGUUGUGAAGUGUGACCAUUUUAUAAAUGUUUGAUGCAUAAGAAAGAAAUGGAAAAAUAUUGGACAACCAUAAAAUGUUGUCUAGUCAUCAUCACAUGUGGAAAUUAUAAUUUUUAGAUAUAGGAUACUUUAGGUUAGAACUUUGGAUGCCUAUUUCUCAAGUUUCUAUGGCUAAUUUUCUUUGUGAGUUAGUUUCUUUUCCUGUUUAACUUUGAUUAGUUCUGAUAAUGUAUAUGAAAACAACUAGUACGAAAAUCUUGUAUUUGAAGAAAAAAAGUCUUGAGCAUAUCUCUUAAGCUUUGCUUGACAGUAACACUAUGAAGUAGUUUAUUAUGGCGAGGAAGUUAUGUUGGUUUUCUGAAAAUGAAUGUUACGCCAAAAUAUCUCGUGAGGUAGAGUUGAAUAAGCAAUAUGAAGUAGUUUUUUAUGGUGAGGAAGUUAGGUUGGUUAGGCAUUGUUCUCAAUAUGAUGUAAUUUACUUUAUAAAGGAAAUGUAAAAAAAGACCACGACUUAAUCUUCAAUAUUCUUACCAAAAACGACCGUCGUCAAUAUUCACAAGCUUCAGAAUGUGUAAUAAUAUAGACCUCAAAAGUUUCUUGUUUCAUUCCUGUUAUGUACGAUGUAAUUGCAGCUUUUUUGGUUGCAUUCAUCUAUUCUAUUUGGGCCUCUUCUCCAUUCAUGUGAUUUUUUUAUUGUGACAGAGGUUAACGUACAGAAGCUUUCAUAUUCCUCUCCACGUCUAUGAUGCUGGUGCUUCGUGUCACCCUCUGAAUGCUGAAAUUUUUGUUAUCAUCGUAUCACCUUCUGAAUGCUGAAAAUUUUGUAUCACUGUGUGGUGAGGUCUGGGAACUUUACCAUUUUAUGAGAUGGUCUAAAUUUGUUAGUAAAUUGCAUGCGGAUCUAGAGAAGUGAUUCACGUGGAAGUUGGUACUUCUUUAUUUAUGCAUUUCUAUUCUGAUGCCCCACCAACAUGCUUGAGACGACUAGUGUGCUUAUCGGUCUCUCUUUUUAAUUAUAGCAGCUUUUGUAUCUCUUUUCAAUCUCAACCAAGUGUCAACGUUCUCUUUGAUUGUUGGUUGUAAAGUGUGCUCACGUGCUCUUCUUUGGGUGGCCUAGUGCCUGAAAACCACCACUGCUCUUGCUUCUAACUAUUUUAUCUAGUUGUAUCUAUGCCUCUUCAAUUGUUAUUUGCUUAUUAGGAGCGGUAAAUUUAUGUUUCUGACUUAUUGUUUUUAGGAGGCUUCAAGUUUAUUUUAGAAUCCUUUCUAUGAUCGGGUAGUACACUAGUACUAGCCUUAGAUACUAGGAAUUGCCAUUUAGGGGACACACUAUGAUUUCCUUUGCCAUGUCCUAUGCCUCCACCCUACGUAUCUCACAUUUGCCCUUCACUAUCAAUAACAACAGCUAAAGUAGUUUAAAUUGUUAACAACCGAACUGCACGACUACCCAUUUUGCCCAUCCCCUUCCUUCUACAAGCAUACAUAAAUUGCACCUUUAGCCUGGUAAUUCUAUCAGGUUCGAACAAAGAAAAGUUGGGGAAUUCAAGGACCUGCUUCUGAGAAAGAAUAAUGAAAUUUACAUGCCAUGCUAGCACGAAACUUGGGUCAUCUGGUAUUUGAAGCUUUGCAAGGUUGGCAUCUUAGAGGGAAGGCUAAAAUCCUUUGGAAUUGUGCAGCUAGAGCCCUCCUUUGGAAUAUUUGGAUGGAAAGAGGUAGAAUUUUUGAAGAUAAGUCUUCCUCUUUUGAUAAUUUUUGUAAUACUGUUCAGUUACAUACUUCUUGGUGGUAUCAUAGGCAUAGAAAAUUCUUUUGUAAUUAUAACCUCUUAAUCAACUUAUGCAAGAUUGGAGAGCUAUUCGUAGUUUGUCGGGAGGGGGAGCUCCUGCCCUUAGGCUGUUUUUGUUCUUUGAUUGUGUCUAUAAAAGGUUUCUUUAUCCAAAAAAAACUUGGUUCGCUGGUAUCAAAGAAAUUUUCAGGUAGAGAAAUGUCAAUUUGUCCAAAAUGCAUUCACUUUUUUUAGCUUAGAUAUCAUCUCACAGCUUUUUUGUUAGAGGUAGAGGUAUUUGUUGAGCCCUGGCCUUCAUUCUCCCUUGCCUCCCUCGCUCUGUUUCUUUAGGUGGACAAAUGGCAGCUGUCUGAAGCUGAUAGCAAUACGGCAGCCAUGUCUUGACUGCGUUCCACAACAUCAAGGUGCUUCUUGAUGGGAGUUAGCCACACAACCAAAUCCAAAUCUUUCUAAUUAUUGAUUACUAUCAUCUCAAACUGGACCUGGAAUUUUGAAAGUGCGUUGUGUUUGCAUUGCAUUAUUCUGAUUUAAAUCCUAGGGUGCCCUCGAGCUGCACCUGGAAUAUGGAGAACCCCAUUGCCAAAAGGGUACUACUGCAGCAACUCUUAUCCAAAUUGAAGGAGCAUCGAGAUAGGAAUGAUCAGUGUGCCACAAUCAAAUCUAAUGAAGUUUCAUGGAUUCAAUAUAGUUGAUUUAUGAAUGGAAUGGGAAUGGCAGUCUCGGUCUUGUUGAAGCUCUAUUUAAUUAGUUUGAUUUAAUACAGACCAACAAUGAUUAUAGCA